CCUCGAGCGAGAGAUAAGGGUCGACACGACACAAGUUGACCAUCAUAUGUUCAUCUUAACAACUUCGAAUUCUCAACCACCUACUCUGCCACUAAUAGAUUACAAAAACACAGGGCAGGGUACCAAACAAGACACAGGUGAACGGAAAACUGGGAGAGCCAUGAACUUUACGGCCUCAUCGGCGGACGAACUGCUCAGCCUGGAUUCUAUCCGGGGGACGUUGAUCAGGUUGGAGGAUACCAUCAUCUUCUACCUGAUCGAAAGAGCCCAAUUCGCACUGAACGCCAAGAUCUACCGACCAGGCGAAUUUGAAGAGCUGGAAAAGCUCGGGUUUGAAGGGAGUUGGUUGCAGUGGUUCUUGUUCGAGAUUGAAUGUUUUCACGCGAGGGCUAGACGGUACACCAGCCCGGACGAAUACCCCUUCACACCCAUCCACAAACUCCCUCCACCGAUAAUCAACGUCCAAACUUACCCUUCGUUACUUCAUCCGGCGUCGACGGCUCAUCCGAGUACGAACGUUAAUCAUCGGAUCUUGGAUUUUUAUGUGAGGGAGAUUGUUCCUGUGAUCACCGAGGGAGUCAGAGUUAUGGUGAAGGGAGGGGAUGGAAAUGAAAGUGGAAUUGGGAAUGGGAAUGGGAAUGGGAAUGGGAAUGGGAAUGGGAAUACAAAGGGGGAGGACGGGAGGGACGAUGGGAAUUAUGGGAGCAGCGCGACGAGGGAUGUCGAGGUCUUGCAGGCUUUGAGUAGGAGGAUCCAUUUCGGCAUGUUCGUCUCGGAAUCCAAAUUCCGUCAAGCUCCACACGAAUUCAUCCCGCACAUCCUCUCCACCCCACCUAACCGCGAAGCCUUGGCGGGGCUGAUCACCAAACCCGCCGUCGAGGCCGCCCUCUUAGUUCGUCUGGGCAACAAGGCCAGGCUUUUCGGGGCCGAGUUGGACGCGCAGGGGAACUUGAAGGGUGAAGAUCAGAGGGGAGAAGGGAGGAUCAAGACGGACGAGGUGGUCAAGCUUUAUCGGGAUUGGGUUAUCCCGCUCACAAAGGAUGUCGAGGUGGAUUAUUUGGAACAUCGGUUAGAGGGCGUCGAGCAGGGUCAGAUUGAUGAGUGGAUGAGGGCUGGGGAGGGGAAGUAGGAGCAGGAACCGCACAAGCGGGCAAAGGUGGGGAAGAAGGCGCAAGAGGUGUGAUGUAAGAAGGUUGAUAUGUUGGACCCGUGGGAAUUGUUAAUACUUGGGCUUCAGUCGAAAAGCGGCGAAAUCGUGGAAUAGAUAUGCUAGACAAAUCCAUACAUUAUUGUGACUCGAUGCCGUCGAAAUGGACACAGAAUGGAGUGGCCUUGCCAAGCGCAAAUGAUCCUGGAUAAGGUCGCGAUACGAAACGCGAGCGGGAUCGCGGGUUGUAGGGAGCUGGGUUAUAGGGAC